AUGGGAAUUUGCCAAUCUAAAUCAAAGCUUAAAAGAAGCGGAGCAUUUCAUUUCAUUCCAAUUGACUUUGACAAAUUGAAGAAACACAACAAGGAACGAGAAAAAAAUGACCCUAACAUGGCUUAGUAACAAUCUUUUUGUCAACUCGUAUGGUAGGAUGCCAAUAAAAUCUCGAAUCCAUAAACAUACACUUAUAAUAAUGUCUAAACUCAAUAAAUUGAAUUAAGAAAAGAAUGA